UUAAAAGUACAAAUUAAAUUUAUCUUAUUUCUUAUAUGUUAUAUAAAUUUAAUUUGUAAUUCAAUUCAAUUUUUUUUUCUAUUUAAUACGUAAAAUACGCGAAAGAUAUUUCUAACUUCUGACUGUAACAAAAAAUCUCCCGAUAAAACGGAUGUGCAGCGAGAAAGGGGAAAAAAGAGGGCAAAAAGAGACCCGGCUACUCUUUGACUGAGCGAAGUUCAUUUGGGAGGCAAUUAAACUUGUUCAGUAAAUUAAGCGCGUAAUGCGUAGCUGGUAUAGUUCGAUGGGUUGCGGGUCGCGUCAGCUGUUGCGUUCGCCAAGCCCUUAUUAUACCGAGUUAUGAAUUUUUGGUGGGUGGCGCAACACCGGCAGGAAACGCAGCACACCGGCGAGGUAUAGCUGAGGUAGUGUACAGUAGUGGUAGCUAUUUAACACAAGGCCCCCGGACGUCUGGGUAGGACUUUCUCUCCAUCUCGUUGUUUCUACUUCUCUCUUUCUCUGUCCUUCGCACGGCGCAGCAGCGCUUAUGCGCCAACCCCUUGCCAUAGGUCGUAACCUUCCGGCGUGUCGAGGUAAGCAGACCGUACCAGACGGCUCCAGCUGCACCGUCGCUGGCGCUAGUAGCGCCCAACGAUUUCCGUUCUGGCGAUUAAUCCUCGGCAGAACGUCUGCCGGUUCUCUAGGAAGGAUCGCAGCCGAGCUGCUACGCGAAAUCUUGAUGAUAGCAAGGGGUUGUAUACAGUAUACUAUACGCGAGAUCAGCUGUCGUCGAGACGCGAGCUAUUAAACAGUCACCGCGAUCGCUCGAGUGGAUCGUCCUCUCAACUAUCGCAAUGUGAUGAUGCUUCGAGCGUAAAUGACUUUGCGCGCAUAAAGAAAUCGAUCGAUCGUUGAACGCGUUCGACUGCCCGCAGAAUAACAAAAAAAAAAAAAAAAAUGCAAUGUUUUUAUAAUAUGUGGAAUAAAGUACGUUACUCGAUUGUUGAAUAAAUAUCGUUUUAUGGAAGUUAAUAUAUCGCCCAGCGGCGACGUUACGCGAUGACGUAAUUUAAUCGGUUUAACCGGUUCUGCCCGAGCGUCAUUCCCCAUUUUUAUUUUAUUUUUUUAUUUUUUUUUUCCAUCCCCGUCAUGCAUAUGAGCACGCGUGCGCUAAAAUGCGCGAGAGUUUUCCGCGAGUCGGUGCCAGGGUAGCAUAUAUAUUUUCGAGCAAUUAGUGUCACGAUCUUUUUCUAUCCGUGUGCUUAACUUUGACACGCUCUGUCACUCCGAGCCUCGGUGUACCCUUCAAUCCCAGUUGUCUGCUAUUCGGAUGCGAGUAAUUACGCGUCACUCAUGGCUCUUACGAUCGACGAGAGCAUGCCGGCGAAGUUUCCUCGCUCGAACGCGAGCGAGCACGCGGAGCCAGGGGAACUUCUGUCGCGGGAAUGAAGCGUCUGACUUUGCUGAGGCGCGCAACGAUUUCCCGUCGCGAUCGUUUCGAAUGUCGAUCUAUCGCGUUGCAUUACAGAUUGUAAAACUCACGUUCGAGCGAAGGCGCCGCGCCUGCACGCCGUGCAAUCGUAUGAAUUCUGAAAAUCGUUGGACAGUUGUUACCAGUUGUUACCGGAUUAACGCGAAAUUAAUAUAUCAAAAUACAAUGCGAACGCAAGAUCAAAAUUACUGAAAUAAAUCGAUCACGCGUAUAGACUGCGUUAGAUAAAUAAAAAAUCAUAAUUAUUUAUAAACGCGUCUACUGUCUCGGAAUGAAAAGUGCUUCGAGUUAGCUUAUCGCUGAGAACCGUUCUAUUCGUGUCAUUAUCUCGCUAAUAAAAUGAGCUACAUAUCCGGUCGUCGUAAUUCCGCGAGCUCGACGUGCGCUCGCGCAAUUUCAUGAAACUCUGUAAUCUCUACUAAUAAAAGAUAACCCCCGCGCGCGAAUGGUAACCCGAGCGAAAAUUUCGCUCCCCUCCUCCCAGACAUAUGACGCAUCCGCGACAGUACUCCCGCGCACAUCCGAACGAGCAGUCCGUCUCGAAAGCCUGUCGAAUGCAGCCGGCGCGCGCGCUGCACAUUUCAUGUCGGCUUGCGCCCGGGCGCGAUGCAACCGCAGCAAAGCUCGGCAAGCUCGUAGUUCGUAGCUCGUUAGACGAGAACACGGCCGACGUAUCGGUUAACAGGCCGCUGCUUACGCUGUUGAGACUUAGCGAAAGCCGCAGACCGUCGCUUAUUAAACCACCCCUAAUUAUAUUUCAAUAUGCGCCCGCGAGGUGGAGUACCGAGAUAGGAGAUUGGCCGAGAAGAGCGGGCGAGGAAAGCGGCGGCGGUGGCGGAGAUAUAGCGUGAGUUGGGUCACGAAACUAUCACGCCGAGGGCUUAUAAUUCGUCCUAUAACCAAAUCUAUAAUUUCCCUCCCUCCCUCUCUUUAGCGUAAGUACAAUAAACAAUCGAUUGAUGUAAUAUUCAUUGCUCGAUAAAUUAUUAUCGUGUGUGCUGUAAUUAUUAUCGCACGUGGUAGCUUUAAUUUCAAUCCAUCGAUAACCGCCUCUCAUUUUGCUUAUAUCCGUAAUCGCGUACUAUUGUUGAACAGUUAUCGCGUCGUAAAAAUCUUUAGAUAAAAUUUCCACGAGGAGAAAAGGUUUAAAGAGAGAUUAAAGACACUAAAGAUUAGCGCGUUAAAUAAAUCGCGUUAAUUAUCUCUAUUACUUGUUAUAUAGUUUAAUUUUACACCGUAAAGAUCAUCAAUUUGCAAAAGGAAUUGCAAACCUUUCCGGUCUUCGAUGGACUUCCUUCUUCAUGUAUUUAAUACCGUUCGAUCGAUUGCGAGGUCUUUUAUUUAAAGUGUUCCGCUACUCUAUCUCUUUAUUUUCCCGAUAAUUCCUCAUUAAUUCCGCUGAGGUUAUUCAUCUUUUAGUCUUCAUUUAUGCGAAAAGUUUGCACUACCUCUGAAUAUCAUUAUCCACAUAGCGCCCUUUUCUCUCGGCUCCUCGGGCGAUUUGAUUCCAUUGUUGAAGAAGAAACCGGUUCCAAAGGAAACUUCCUUGUAUCGUAGUUUAGCAAGCUGUUCAGACAAAAGCAUAUAUAUAUAUAUAUAUAUAUAUAUAGCUUAUGCAAUAAUAAGAGUUCUUUCAAAAUUACUGAAAAUUCAAGUUUAUCGAAUUACGUGACAUUUUGUUGUCGUGCGAAACCAUGUACUAGCGAAAUACGCCUGCUGUAAUAUGACAAUAUACGUGUAAAUUAAUCGAUCGAAGAUACUAAUACCUGCAAAUUUGCAUAAUCCGACACCCAAAUAACCAAGUAACCUAAUAUGCUGAUAAGCGUAAGCGGCAACCCCAGAAUUCUAUGCCCUAUAGUAACAACACGUUGAAUGCUCAAACACACGUACGAAUACAUUAAUCAAGUAUUUAAUGCAAAAAGGUGUAUUUUUUUUAUUUUUCACUACAAUUAAAUACAAAUUUAAAAUAUUUGACGACAUUAAAAAAUUAUUUGGAUACUGUCGCAGUAAUUUAUUUUUUAAUAUUUAAAUAAUGUUAAAAUACAUGUGUUUAUAUACAUAUCAAUCUCAUAUUGACAUUAACAUUAUUUGAUUCUUACAGUAUUAUCAUUAAUGUCGUAGAAUGGA